CGCGGUCGUCGCGAGGACACUUCACUUCUCCUCGCGUGUGGAGGACGUGUCGCAUCUCCGACUCGUGGUGAGGACCACCCACCCCCUCCACCCCAUCCACCCUCAUCUCCUCACCCCGGCACGUCUCCUCUCGCCAGAGAGCGGUGUGAGCGAGCAAGGCACGCGAGGUGUUGCCAGGAGUGCCUCUUCAGAAGCCGGCAUCUUCACUCAGCCGCCUGCCACAGACGCAAUGCUCGCGCUGCGCAGCCGCCCCGAGGGUCCCCGUGGCCUCGGGCCCCCCCCCAAGAAGGCGAGCCCGACGUGCGCGACGACCCCGCGAGGUGUCGCCGGUGGGGACGUGAUCCUCACGCUCGACCAGCUGCUGAAACGCGACGGCGGCGGCGGCGACGGCGGCGUCGUCGGAGCGAGGGCUGCCCGCCCCAAGGAGACGGAGCCUCCGAACGGGAGACACAAGACGAAGAAGAAGGCUGCGUGUCUCAGCGGGGUGUUGGAGGAGAUCGCCAAGCUGAGCCAGGACUUCUCCACGUACCAGGAAGAGCUGCGCAGGAAGUCCAACACGAGCAGUCCCAGGUCCGCGUCGUCGUUGUCCUGCGCCUGCAACGGCCCCGAGACGACCCCCGUCGCGACCCCGUCCCCUCCUCCGACCUGCACGCCGACCCCGGAAGACCACGGCCCCACGGAGCAGAUGAUGAACGCGAGGAACACGUGGCUGAGCUUCCACCUCGGCGUGGAGGAGAGAGAGGAGGAGGAGGAAGGGGAGAGGGAGCACGAGUGCGCGGCCAUCCCUCCCACGGUUCCUCCACGGAGCACCUCUAUCGUGGGAGGGCACAGCUCCUCGCCGUGCGCUCCUCGAAGCAGCAGCAGCAACAGCAGCAGCAGACUGAUGCAGCUGGUGAUGCAGCAGCAGCAGAAGCCCUUGGACAGUCGCUCUAGUGUGGAGCAGCAGAAGCAACAGCAGCAGAAGCAACAGCAGCAGCAGCAACAAAAACAGCAGCAGCAGCACCUGGACAGCCGCUCUCAUGCAGAGCCGGAGUCCCUCGGCCGCCCGGUCACUCUUAAGGCGUCUUCUCCACCGCGACAGGGAGCUGCGAAAUCAGUGGGAACGGUGAGCCGCAGCAGUAGGAGCGGCAGGAACAGAGGCAGCAGCAGCAGCAACGGCAAAAGCAGCAUCAGCGGCAUCAGCAGCGGCAGCAGCAGCGGCAGCAGCAGCGGCAUCAGCAUGAAAGCGCCCACUACGCCCGAGCUUGGGAGUCGAAUCCGGGUGGAUGGCGUCUGCGGUCGGGUCGGGUCGGCGGACGCAGCGUGGCGGAGACACCCGGUGGAUGUUGGCCGUGCGGACGCGAUGCAGGGCGACGAAUCGACGGGCACCCUGCCGCCCCUACAAACGCGCUUCUCUCUGCCCGCCCGUCCCUCCAAGCGCCGUCUACCCUCCCGCUGGGCCGGCCGCGCCCCUCCGGAGAGCCCCGACUCCGGCCGGCAGGAACCACCGAGCCGGCAGGAGCCCACCGCUCGGCCGGCUCCUAAAGGCGCGCGCGUGCCCACCGCGUGCCCGCCGGCGCCCGGAGUCGCCAGGCCCCCCGCUGACUCGUACAACAUUCACGACAUCAUGGACAUUCUCUCGUGGGGGGACCUGCGGUCAUCCGCCGUGUGAAGUGAAAAAAUAAAAGAGCACCCAGCGCUCGCUCCCCGCCCCUCCCCCCGCCGCGCGCGCCACACGUGGAGGGGCACGCACGAGCAUGCACGCGACGUAUGUCAGCACACAAAGACAAAGAUCCCCCGUAUAGACCUUAACAUAAUGCUGGGGCAAGUGCCGUUAGCGAACACCUAUGAAGCCCGACACGGCACACGAGAGGGGAUGGGUGGCCAGCGCCAC